GUCAUCAUACAUACAGACAUAUUAAAUAAAACAACAUUUAUAUGAUAUAUUUCAAGAAAAACUAAAUUGUGAAAAGUAAACUGUGUAUCGCCAUCAUGUAGAUUGUGGAAUAUAAUAUUUAAAGGAUUUGAUGUUGAUAUCCAGUAUAAGAGAAUAAUGGAGUGGUUUUGUAUUUUGAUUUUGUUAUUCUAUGCUGGUGCUGUCACUUCACAGUUAACAGCCAUCAGCCUUUCACCACCAAACACCUUUAUAAAAGACACACAACUGGGUAAUCGAGACCUGAGUAAAGUUUUGAUUGAACCAGUGACGUCUAUAACUAACUGUUUCGUCCAAGGCGCGAGGACGGCUAGUAAUGUGAACGUGCAGCAUCCAUUUGCUUUACGUUUCCAACCUACAGCGUUGACUUUUGAAUGGCAUGUUAUAUUCGACGCUACCAGUACAAAUAAGUUAAAUGCAGCAAAUGUACCAUUUUACCAAUUGACCGUUGAAUGUCUUGAGCAGAACAUCAGCCGAUCAGCAGGCAUGACGAUACAAGUUCUACCCAAUCAGAGGCCAGUUAUAUCAAACUAUCCCGGAUUAACAAGAAGUUAUAAUGCUGGAUCAGUUCCAUCUAGUACAUCUUUAUAUACAGUAACAGCUACUGAUGGUGAUGGCGAUCAGCUAACCUACUCCUAUAUAGUACAACCAACUGUUAAUUACUUUGAUAUAAAUACAGCAACCAAUGAGAUCAGAUCAGCGGUAGAUUUUCGAUCUGUGACCAUAUCACCAAUAAUUAUACACGUAAACGUUAGUGACGGCUUCAGCACAGUCACAGACUUUAAACUACGUAUACAGGUUAACGGUUUGAAUGAACGACCGGAUAUAACAAAUCUACCGGAUACACAAACAGUGCGCGAGGAUAUCGCAGGGGGAACAACCAUUUUAAAUCUUCAAUAUCGUGAUCUAGACUUCAAUGGUAACUUUGUACCAAGUUGUACUGUAUUCCCGAACAUCCAGCCUUCUGUUUUUAUGGUUAGCGGUAGCCGACUCUCCUUAGCAACCAGUACUUCCGGUAAAAAUGUAUUGGAUUUUGAAACAAUCACCAGUUAUCAAGUGACGUGUACUAUAUCAGACGGUUAUCUGACGUCACAGGGUGACGUAAUGACUAUUAAUGUGCAGAACGUGAAUGAGAAACCAGUGUUUAACCAGCAGACGUACACCUGUCUCCUCGAGGAAUCAAAGGCCGGUGUUUCCACAUGUAAUCUUUUUCUUACCGUCACUGACCCGGAAGGAGACGCUGUCGUCGUUUCUAUUCGACCCGGAAAUAAUAGCCAAAGAUUUGGCUUUGUAUCUCCAGCCUACGAUAUUCUGAGUUUUGCCGUUGACUAUGACGUAGACAAGAACGUCAUGCCUACAAAUGUAGUGAUAGAAGUGGAAGCUCGAGACACUGGGGGUCAGGUGGGCGUGGCUAAUAUCGCUAUAACAAUACUGGAUAAGAAUGACAAUUCGCCAACCUUUCCCGCCAUUUCUCCAGUUAUAGAUAUAUCUGAUAUUACUGAUAUUGGUAUAAUAGAUAUAAUAUUAGCUACUGAUGAUGAUUCUGGGUCCAAUGGUGAAGUCGUAUACGAAGCUAAUGGUAUCAGUCCACCAACAGCAGCUAAUUAUAUUAGUGUACUACCGAACGGCCAGAUUCAUUUCACCAAGAGAUUUCCUGAUAGUUUAAAGGGAACUGCUGUACUUUUAACUGUUGAAGCUAAAGACAAGGGUUCACCACCUAAAUCAGCUAGCACAUCUAGAACUAUACGCUUUCUAGAAUCACCCCUGACAACGGCUCCGACAUCUGGGUCUGGAUCUCCUCUUACGUCACAGAACUCCGCGGCGUCUACUCAGCAGCAGAGCUAUUUUGAUGAACCGGCUAACAUCGCUUUGGUUGUCAUCCUGAGUUUAAUUCUUCUAGCCGCUUUAAUCGUAGCCUUCUAUUUUUGUAUGAAGUAUUGUUUACUAGGCUAUUGUUGCAAACCGGGGUCAAACAGACCUAGUCGAGUUCAUCCAGUACGUGAUGAUUAUGAUCCAUACAACAGCUAUUACAGAACACCAUCACGAUUUACCCCAAACAGUCGAGAUCCAAGAUACUCGAGGGACCAUGUUGAUCCAAGAUACACGAGGGAAUAUGGUGAUCCUAGAGAAUACGGGGAUCCAAGAUAUUACAGGGAUUCCAGGCAUCCACUAUCAACCGGUAGUAUUAAUGGCGAUUUUUAUGAUGAUCGAUCUUACCGCGGAAGUAGGAAAGCCAAGUUAGCUAUACAACCAUAUUGAUGACCAAUACGGAUUAGAUAAUACAAUAUUAAUACAAAGCCCAGUUAGCUAUACAACCAUAUUGAUGACCAAUACGGAUUAGAUAAUACAAUAUUAAUACAAAGCCAAGUUAGCUAUACAACCAUAUUGAUGACCAAUACGAAUUAGAUAAUACAAUCUUAAUACAAAGCCCAGUUAGCUAUACAAUCAUAUUGAUGACCAAUACGGAUUAGAUAAUACAAUCUUAAUACAAAGCUCAGUUAGCUAUACAACCAUAUUGAUGACCAAUACGGAUUAGUCAAUACAAUCUUAAUACAAAGCCCAGUUAGCUAUACAACCAUACUGAUGACCAAUACGGAUUAGAUAAUACAAUAUUAAUACAAAGCCCAGUUAGCUAUACAACCAUAUUGAUGAUCAAUACGGAUUAGAUAAUACAAUAUUAAUACAAAGCCCAGUUAGCUAUACAACCAUAUUGAUGAUCAAUACGGAUUAGAUAAUACAAUAUUAAUACAAAGCCCAGUUAGCUAUACAACCAUAUUGAUGACCAAUACGGAUUAGAUAAUACAAUAUUAAUACAAAGCCAAGUUAGCUAUACAACCAUAUUGAUGACCAAUACGGAUUAGAUAAUACAAUAUUAAUACAAAGCUCAGUUAGCUAUACAACCAUAUUGAUGACCAAUACGGAUUAGAUAAUACAAUAUUAAAGAUGGGUUCCCAGAAAAGUAUUUAUCGGGUGGUUAUUUCCAAUAAAAGUAUGGCAAUUUUGGUAUAUAUGGAAAUUAGAGAUAUCCAAUCUUACUAGAAAAAUACUGGAUUCCCCGACAAACACUCAUGGAGCGUAUACAGGACAAAAAGGGUUCCCCUAAUCAACAGCCCGACGAUUUAGAAUUUCUGCACGCGUGAUGUCAAAGGUCACACGCGAAUAUUGAGUGCUUGAUGUACAAGUUGAUAAACGCUAUGGUGAGUUAGACGUACAACACUUUCUGAGAUAAAAAUGACUGAAAAAUGACGCGGGUAGUGGAUAAUCCGAGAAUUUAAUUAGGAUUCGAUAUUUGUAAUAAAUAAUAAGUGAUUAAAGACAACAUCGUCUAAUGUAUGCAAUGAAUUCUCCUCUGACAUCCAAGAGAGGUAAGUCGCGUGACGUAAACAUGGCCUGGUUUGAUCGAAUUUUAAUAGCAGGGCAUUCCUUCGCAAUUACAAUGUUUGAGAAGGAUUUGAAGCAUAAUUAUGACAAAUUAAUUAGUUUGAAUAUGUUUUUAGUCCAUAUAUACCAUUAAAUCACCCAGUUUGUACACGAGAACCCAUCUUUAAUACAACGCUAAAUCUGCCUAUUGCAGGCCUGUCUUAAAGCUGUUGUAUAAACUAUUAAUUAAACUUUUAUUGACAUGACAAGACCAUAAUCAACUCUCGGUGGCAUCGGAUAUCACCGAUAUUAAGUAGAUUAGAACGGUUCAGCCAUAUUUUGAUUUAAUCUAAAAAUGGUGAAGCGAGGCUAAGCGUCGAGCUUCGAACAACCAAUGCGAUGGUUGCAAUUAAUGCAUACAUCUUGUCAAACCUUCAAACGCUAAUAUCUUCGCUCGCAAUGGAGCAAUAAUUUGAAUGAAAUUUUCAAUAAAUUAAUUUUACAUUAUCUAUUUUCGAACUAUUAUAGUAAGAACGGACAGCUUUUUUUUUUAUUUAAAUCUUAUAUAUAAAAUAAGCUUAAAGGCCCGUUUUCCAUGUGCGCGAUAUCGCUGCGUUUCCGCACACGUUUUCGACGGCGAAAACGUUGGUUUAAUGUAAAUGUAAUGGGACCAGGAUAACCAGCGAAAUAAGAGUACAUGGAAAUUAGGCUUAAUACACGGUAAUAUAUGCUUAAUACACGGAACAAAAAACUGUUUUAUAAACGGUAAAAUAUGCUUACUUCAAAAUAUGCUUACUUCAAAAUAUGCUUAAUAAACUGUAAAAUAUGCUUAAUAAACUGUAAAAUAUGCUUAAUCUACUGCUUAAUAUGCUUAAUAAACUGUAAAAUAAGCUUAAUAAAUUGUAAAAUAUGCUUAAUACAUUGUAAAAUAUGCUUAAUAAACUGAAGUAUAAGCUUGACCUACUGCUUAAUAUGCUUAAUACACUGUAAAAUAUGCUUAAUACGCUGUAAAAUAUGCUUAUUGAACUGUAAAAUAUGCUUAUUGAACUGUAAAAUAUGCUUAAUAAACUGUAAUAUUUGUUAGGUCUACUGUAAAAUAGUUCGAUCUGCUGUAAAUAAACCAACUUGAUGUACUAUACAAUAAGAAAUAGAUGUGAGUAAUCUCUAGAAAUAUCUUGGAUUUAACAUGACCUAUCUGUGCAUCAGAAGAGAUACUAGACAGCUCUGUAGGUACUGUUACAGGAGUUUUAUAUCAGCUCACAUUUUAUGUAAAAGUACGGAUUUAUUUUUAGGAAAAACGAAAUAGAUGCGAUUAAUUCCUUGAUAUAUCUUUAACUUUGCAUAAAUUAUCUAUGUGGCAGAUAUCAGUACACAAUUCAUGAAGUAAAUAUAAAGAUUUGUCAGGAAAUGUUACAUCUCUAUGUUGAUUAGGCCAUUUGUUGAUUGUACAAAAAGCUGUACCGUUAUACAGAAGUGCAAAAAUGGGUUAAGGAAAAUUUAAGAUAUUGCAAGGCAUACCGACCUUAUUAAACUGAAAAAUAAUAUUUUCGUCAUACUACAGAAUUACCAAAAUUUGAUGGUGUUGUUGCCAAAGAUAUCGUGAAUAAUCCGAUAAGUACCACCGACCUUAAACAUACAUUAUGCAAGAGGUAAAUCUGCCUAUUGCAGGUAUUUCUUUAUCCCUGAAAUGUUAUCUAAAUUAUUAAUUAGACAUUAAUUAACUUAUCCAGACCAUAAUCAACUCUCGAUGGCAUCGCUAGCCUGUGAUAUUUACUGGAUUAGGAUCCGAUCUGCUGCUCAACGCUCAUUCAAGAUUAAAGCGAUAUUUAGCGGAUUGGAAUACAUUUUUUUUAAAUAAUUAAACUAAAAAUGGAUAGCCGAGACUUUGUUUUAUAUUGUAUUUAAGGCCUGGGCCUAAACUUCAAUCGCUAAUAUCUCGGCUCAGAGUGAAGCAAUUUGACUGAAAUUUUCAGCAUAUUAUAUUUACAUUAUCUAGUGUUUAAUUAUUAGAGAACGGUCAACUCUUUACCUAAUCCUCAAUAAUGUAUCUUUAAUAAUACAUAGUUCUUGAAUAAAAAAAUCUAUAAACAUAUUGCACGGGAUUCCCCAAGGGAUUCCCCAAGCGCUCGAAUGAUGUUGAGUAUCUUUAAAAAAAAUCCGAUAAAAUUCCAACCUUAAUAAACUAUGAAUUAUA